GAGAGAGGGGGAGCUGCAGAGGAGCGGACCUGCGGAAAGGAGAGGAGCGGAAACCCGGGACCUGCAGCCUGAGAACGAUGAUAUGAACCAGGGAAAGCUUUAUAUUAGACGUAGUUUGGGAGUUUUGGAGCACGCAAACACACACGCCUGAAAAAACACAGUGGGAGAUGCAUGACGUCAUAGCCCACCACCGUCGCCAUAGAUGACCGCGCGCAGGACGGGAUGAUGCAGCAGGGAUGAUGCUGCUGGUGGUGGACCGCAACGUGUUCCUUCGCUGCUCACCACGGGGCGGUUGUCGUGCAUUUCGCAGGAGGGCCGGAAGAGGGACAUGGCCGCGGAGUCGGACGGCGGAAAAGCCGGAGCCGCAUGCGGCGGGAGCGGCGGCUUCGCGCAGCUGUACGACAUGGACGCGGAAGAUAACCUGGACUCCGCAGCCAUUCACAUCUGCAUGUGCUGCCGCUCCUCCGCGUGCUACUGGGGCUGCCGAUCCGCGUGCCUCGGGACCCUCGUCGGCCAGGCUCCAGGGGGGGUCGGAAUCCGCGAGACCCACUGUCCCCCCAGGGAGCAGCUGUGGGUGGACUGCCUCUGGAUCAUCCUGGCCCUCCUGGUCUUCUUCUGGGACGUGGGCACGGACUUGUGCCUCGCCAUGGAGUACUACCAGAGGCAGGACUACCUCUGGUUCGGCCUCACGCUCUUCUUCGUGCUGGUCCCCUCCGUGCUGGUCCAGAUUCUGAGUUUCAGAUGGUUCGUGCAGGACUACACGGGAGGGGGGCUCGGUGAGGUGGAGGGGCUGACCAAGAGGGGCGCGGUGGCUUUGGGGUGCCUUUAUCCCGGGAAGGACCGCCUGCAGCUGGCCACCAUUUGGCUGUGGCAAGCCACCAUACACAUCCUCCAGCUGGGACAAGUGUGGAGGUACAUCCGGACGCUGUACCUGGGCAUCAUGUCGCGGCGGCAGAAGGAGCAUCAGCGGCGCUGGUACUGGGCGAUGAUGUUCGAGUACGCCGACGUCAACAUGCUGCGGCUGCUGGAGACCUUCCUGGAGUCAGCGCCUCAGCUGGUUCUGCAGCUCUGCAUCAUGAUCCAGGAGAACCGGGCCGAGACGCUGCAGUGCAUCUCCUCCCUGGGCUCCCUCCUCUCUCUGGCCUGGGUCCUCGCCUCCUACCACAAGCUGCUGAGAGACUCUCGUGAUGAUCAGCGCUCCAUGAGUUAUCGCGGCGCCCUCCUGCACCUCUUCUGGCGCCUCUUCACCAUCUCGUCUCGCGUCCUCUCGCUCGCCCUCUUCGCCUCCCUCUUCCACAUCUACUUCGGCAUCUUCGUGGUGGUGCACUGGUGCGCCAUGGCCUUCUGGGUGGUGCACGGAGGCACCGACUUCUGCAUGUCCAAGUGGGAGGAGGUGCUGUUCAACAUGGUGGUGGGCAUCGUGUACAUCUUCUGCUGGUUCAACGUGAAGGAAGGACGCACUCGGCACAGGAUGGUGACGUACUACAUUGUGGUGCUGUUAGAAAACACCAUCCUCACAGGGCUGUGGUACGCCUACAGAGACCCGGCGCUGACCGACUCCUACGCGGUCCCAGCGUUGUGCGGCGUCUACCUGACCUUCGCUGGUGGUGUCCUGGUCAUGCUGCUUUACUACGGCUUCCUGCACCCGGCCACCGCUCAUCACCACCCGAGUCCCGCCUCUUCCUGCUGCGCUCAGCUUCUCUGGGGUCUCCCUUUGCCUCCAUCAGCUCCUCCCACCGCCCCGCCCACCCCAGCUCACAUGACCAAGUCCGACACGGAAGAGGAAGUGGCCGAGUCGUGUCUUCCCGUCUUCCAGGUGAGAUCGGCGCCCAUCACCUCCAAACCAGAGGGCCCGCUGAUAAAGAUCGACAUGCCGAGGAAGCGUUACCCAGCGUGGGACGCUCACUACGUAGACAGGCGCCUGAGGAGGACUAUAAACAUCCUGCAGUACAUCACGCCGGCCGCAGUGGGCAUCCGAUACCGAGACGGACCCUUAAUGUACGAACUGUUGCAGUACGAGUCCUCCUUCUAACACAUCAAAAGACAUGUGGGUGUUGAGAUUUAGAGGCACGCACGAUGUAAGCACACAAACACAAAAGCAAUCACACUUUUAUGCACACACACGAACACAUUCCCCACGGCCAUGACUCAGCGAUCUGCUUCAGCGCGAGUCCAUCUCUUCCUGUCUCUAUUCCCCUCUAAUCACUGUCCAUCUCGUUGGUUUAGUAUCACGCGUUCGCUCUCUCCGCUGUGAUCAAAAAACGACAAGAAGUUUUAAAAAAUGAGCGCAGUUUCACCCUUUCAUGCCGUUUACGUUGCGUCGCUCACACUUUCUCGGGUUUCAGGAGAAUACAAAGAGUCUGAACAUGUUCUUAGUCUCGUCAAAAGGUAGUGUAUAUAUUUUCGAUGUGAAGAUCGGGAUGUUUUCUAUGUACCGCGGGACGCAUUGGGGUUGGUUAAGUAGCAGAGCAUGAUGGGAAAGAUGGAGAAAGAGCGGGAAUUGGCAUUUAAACAUGGGCUCAGAGAAUAGUGACACAUUUUGGGAAAACGUAGUAAUUCCUCUCCUAAAAUGAUGCUAACACUUAAGCGACACUAAAAAUGAGAAUAUGAGAAGUUGAAGCAGCUCAAAAUUUGACUAAAUAGCUCUUAUGGCGCGUUUCCACUGCAGCGGGUAGCUCGCUUUAAGCGUGCCGAGCCGUGCGGGGCCCGUUUUUGGUUGCGUUUCCACUUGGCCUAGUACCGGCUAGGGUUGCCAGAAACUGACCAUGAUCAAAAUCGAUUAUUCGGCAGCCCUGGUGAAUAAUAAUCGAUUAUUCGACCGACGAGUCUGCUCUGCACGCAGGCUUCCUCCAAGUUUACAGUUAAGCAAACUGGUGGUGUGACC